AUGGUGCCCCAAGUCCAAAGUGUUAAAUGCACAACAAAUCACCCUAUUCCUGUUCCACACGAGUGGCAUGAGCCAGGUGACCUGGUCAUUGGUGCAAUAGCAUCUCAUAUCUAUUACAUAGUCCCCAAAUUUUCCUUCAAGAAACACCCUUUUCAAAGCUUCAUUGGCAUCCCAAUGGUGAUGACAAAGUUUUACCAGCACAUGCUGGCCUUCGUAUUUGCUGUUUAUGAAAUCAAUGAGAAUCCCAGGAUAUUGCCCAAUGUCUCUCUUGGGUUCCACAGCUAUGAUAGCUAUUUUAAUUCAAGAAUGACAUACCGAACCACUUUGGACCUGCUCUUUAAAUCACAUCACUUUCUUCCCAACUACAACUGUGUUAUCCAGAAAAAUGUAAUAGGAGUCAUUGGGGGACUUGGCUUUGAUACUACCUGGUGCAUGGCAAAUGUGUUAGGCCUUUACAAGAUUCCACAGAUUUCAUAUGGCUCAUUUGAACCAGCCAUAAAUCAUCAAACCAAGUUCCCUUCUUUUUACCGCAUGGUCCCCAAUGAAGGCCUUCAGUAUCAGGGAAUUAUCCAGUUACUUCUGCAUUUCAGGUGGAAAUGGGUUGGGCUCAUCACUCCAGCUAAUGAUGCAGGAGAGCGCUUCUUAGAGGCAAUUGAACCAAUGCUUUUCAAGAAUGGAAUCUGUUCAGAAUUCACAGAACGAGUCGAACCAAAUAUGCAUUAUUCCGGUAACAUGCUAGAAAAAAGGGUUUUGUUACCAAAUUUCAUGAAGAGCAAAGCCAACGCAGUUCUUAUAUAUGGAGAAAGUCUAUCUAUUAUAUGGUUGUCAAGUGCUAUAAAGACAAUGGAGGUAGCUGAGCUACUACUUUCUCCUAAGAAGUUACGGGCAGGAAAACUCCACUCAUUCCUGCAGAGAAUCUCAUUCAACAACAGUGCUGGGGAUGAAAUCACAUUAAACGAAUAUGGAGAGUUAGCAGCUGGCUUUGAUAUUACCAACUUGGUCACUUUCCCAAAUCAUUCCUACAUCAGAGUCAAAGUGGGAAGGCUAGAUCCUCAGGCCCCUCCUGGCAAACAGCUCACCAUUAAUGAAGACAGAAUCAAAUGGCACAGGCGCUUCACUAAGGUGCCACCCCCUUCUGUAUGUAAUGACAUCUGCCAUUCUGGAUACGGGAAGAAAAAGAAGGAGGGGAAGAAGUUUUGCUGCUAUGACUGUGAUCAAUGUCCAGAAGGAAUGAUCUCAAAUGAGAAAGACAUGGAAACAUGUGUCAGUUGCCCAGCAGAUCAAUAUCCAAACAAAGACCAGGAUCUAUGCAUUCCUAAGAUUCCAAACUUCUUAGCUUUUCAUGAAACGUUGGCCAUUGUUUCAGCUACUCCGGCACUUCUAUUCUCUCUGAUCACAAUUCUGGUGCUCAGCAUCUUCAUUAAGCAUCGGGAUACAGCUAUCGUCAAAGCCAACAACAGAAGCCUCACCUAUAUUCUCCUCAUCUCCCUCUUCCUGUGUUUCCUCUGCUCUUUGUUGUUCAUUGGAAAACCUAAUAAGGUGACCUGCCUUCUCCGACAAAACGCUUUUGGCAUUGUCUUCUCUGUGGCCCUCUCUAGCAUCUUAGCCAAAACCAUACUAGUGGUUUUGGCAUUCAUGGCUACCAAACCAGGAUCCAGUAUCAGGAGAUGGGUAGGAAAAGAACUGACUUACUCCAUUGUCCUUUCCUCCUCUAUGGUUCAAGUAGGAAUCUGUGCCUUCUGGCUUGGAGCCUCUCCCCCUUUCCCAGAUUUGGAUACACACUCAAUGAAUGAAGAAAUUGUAGUGUUAUGUAAUGAAGGGUCAAUCCUGAUGUUCUAUUGUGUUUUGGGCUACCUGGGCUUCCUGGCCACUGUCAGUUUCACUGUGGCCUUCUUAGCCAGGAAGUUGCCUGACAGUUUCAAUGAAGCCAAGUUCAUCACCUUCAGCAUGCUGGUCUUUUGCAGUGUUUGGCUCUCCUUUAUUCCAACUUACCUGAGCACCAGAGGAAAAUACAUGGUGGCUGUGGAGAUCUUCUCGAUCUUGGCUUCCAGUACUGGCUUACUGGCUUGCCUCUUUUUCCCAAAAUGCUACAUUAUUGUGGUGAGACCUGACCUUAACAACAGACAGCAGCUGACACAAAAAAAGUAUAAAUGACAGAAUAUUUUGUGGUUCUUUGGGGUCUUGGGCUAUGUGGAUUCGCUUGUAGGUAUCAUUUUCCCUGUAUUUUUCAAAGCAGGAAAUUACCAGAAAAUUUUCUUCCCCACCCUACCUUCUCCUGCAUCUCCAUAGCUGUCCCACAUUUUGGUCAAGGGGCUCUUUCUUUCCUGGGCAAGUCUGGGGAGAACAUAGGUAGUUGCAGAGAGAGGAGAGGGAGAGAAACACAGGAAUAUUGCCUAAUACUGAGAGCAGUUGUCUAUCUAGAAGGAUUGUGCAUUGGAUUUGGCAGUCCUGAGCCAAGUUGGGUCUAUUUGGAAGGAGUUUGGCAUCAGUCAAGAUGAACUGGGACAGCUAUGGAUCACUCCUGGUCAACUUAGAUGCUCCAGAAUUAUCUGUGGCUGUCUUGCAGUGAAUCAGA